AUGAUUGUCAUGAACAGCUUUGCCAAUGGCGAAUGGGGAAAGGAAGAGCGCAAGUCGAACCCAAUCAAGAAGGGAGACUCUUUCGACAUCCGAAUCCGUGCUCAUGAUGAUCGCUUCCAGGUCUGUGUUGAUUAUUUUUGAGC